GGCAGGUUGCCUUUUUUGUCUACAUGUCCCAAAAUGUUUUGAUCAACACAAUUUCCAAAUACAAAACAUUCGUCUACGAUCGAGUUGAAACCAAUGUUGGAAACGGCUAUAACGUGCAAACGGGAAACUUCACUGCGCCAGAAAGCGGGAUCUAUGUGUUCCAUACAACCACGGCCGCAGUCGACAAAUCUCACAGUACCAUAGAGAUCGUUGCCAAUGGUCAGGUGAAGGACAUCACGUGGGCUGACGCAAUGGAUCACAACAACAGGGCGGUCGCCUCCUCAAUGACCGUUCUAAGUCUGACGGAAGGAGACGUUGUUUAUGUCCGGGUGGGUUUGCUUUUUGCGGGAAAUUAUCUGGAGAGUAAUCAGUACACCAGAAUGAGUUUCUCUGGAUUCAAACUGGCCUAAAGAAAAGAUUCAAUGUUUGUUUUUUUACUCUUACCAUUUGUUUACGUGUAUAUGCGUUGGUCAUGUGCUCAUUUUUCCUAAAUAAUAAAGAAAUUAAA